AUGAACAUAGCUCCUCAUAACCCAGACACCUCCUCAUCUGAUCACCUGCAACGCGAAGCGUUUGAUCGGACUGAUGAUGUCGAGGAGAUCGCGUCAAACAACACAACCCCAUCCUCUUCCAACAUUCUGCGGUCAGAUCCCUUCAACUUGCCAGCCAAUUUCGAAGAAAGCAUACCAUCUACAUUAGGUCUAUCCAUCACCAACAGCCGCUCAAGGCCCGAGCCUUUGAAAUGGGCUAAGGGUGUCGAAGAUCCCGUCGCUAGCAAGUCUACAACCCUACCUAAUCUCCAUCUACCAGACUCGUUCGACUGGGCUGCCGAUGUUGAGGACCCUCAUUUGCCCAACUCACAAAAUCAGAUGCCCUCCACUGGCACGCCACUCACUAUGAUUGAGGUCCCUGAGCCCGAAGAGCCAGGCUUUUAUUUUGUCUCAUCUGCUUCCUCCGUUGACUCUUCUGAUAGAUUAGCCAUUCAAGACUGGGACUGGGUAAAGAUUGACGAGCAAGCCGAGGCCAUGUUCUGUCAUCGUGCGAUGCGCCAACAGAGUGAGGAAUACGUCCACCAUUACAAUUGGAUGUGCCAACCAACUGAAACACGCAUUACAACAACCCCAGAAGUCUUGCUUGCUUGCAUCAAAGGUGGGCCAAUUGUCCCCGCAGGUAGGAAUAUGAUUCGAGCCAAGUCGAUUAGGAACAGAGCGAUGCCAUUCAUUGACCUUGUUACGGUAUAUCUGCAAGGGUUGGACAAGGGCAUCUUGACUCUGCGCGGGCCAGAUCUCCUACAAGCCUCCCAUGGCCAUUUUCAGAAGUUGUACUCACUUCAUGGGGCUUGGACGAAAGACGGGGAAUUGACCAAGGAUCAGAUCAUGGUGGAUACUGGAAAUAAUAAGCAGUAUCUAUUUCCCGCCCUUGUCAUCGGAAACGGGUUCUUUAUAAACAGUCAGAUCAAAUCUGCGUCUGCUUGGUCUACCACUGCUCGAGUUGCUACCGCUGCCGCACGAGCAUUCAAGAUUCCUCAAAAGCUGACCUGGAGGCCGACCUCCUCCAGGCUUCAAACCUUCCAAGCUGCUACUCCCGCAUUAUUCCGGGAGCUGCGUCAACCGGAACCUCAGUGUAUACUCACGUCUCCUUCGCUUCGAGCUAAUGAAACUACUGCCUUAACCUCACUCCCCGAACUGCCAUCACCUCAAUUGGCAUCUGAGUGCAUUUUCAAGCCCCCUUCGCUUCGAGAUCUCCAAACUGCCGCACCAAUCUCAUUCCUGGGGCUAUCACCGCCUCAUUUGGAGGCUGAGUGUGAGCUAACGCACUCCCGAACUCAAACUAUCCAGUCUGUCACUCCCGCCUUAUCCCGAGGGGUGUCUCUAGCUCAGUUUAAGGCCAAGAAUCGGCCUCAACACCAUAGGCAUAGGCAGCUCACAAGUGAAAGCCCUAGUGGUACCUCUUACGAGUACUUCACCUUUCCCAUCCCGACCUUCGAUAGGCCACCAAAGCGCUGGAAGUUGAGAGACGCCAACAGAAGCCUUCGGAAAGUAAUGGGCACACUCUUCAGAUGGCCAUGGAAGCAAUGA